AUGCCUGACACAGAGAACAAACCGGAUAAGCGCGUUGCCGCUCAGCAAGCCGUUGAUGUGCUUCACGAGAUUUCAACCAUAUUAAAUUGUGACCUCGACCGCCGCACGCUCUCAAUAUGUAUCUCAUUAGUUGAGAGAGGGGUGAACCCGGAAGCCUUGGCUAGAGUUGUUAAGCAACUUCGUCAGGAGGCCCAAGAUGCGGAGCAGGCAUAG